ACUUCUAUGGAUAAAAUAAUAGUAAAAAGAAAUUACGCGUCAAAUUACGUAAUGUGCUCGUGCGUUAUCGUUUGUUUGGACAUUCUAUCGCGACACGCACGACACGCAUUUGUUCCAAAUACCUAUUCUGUCGUAAAUAUUUAGUAGGAAUAUGACAGCGUAUGCUUGACUUGAAGAUCAUCGUAAACCUUUUCUACCCGCAUAUUUAGAGAAAAUAGGUAUACGUUCGAACACGAAUGUCUUACAAUCGAGCUGGAGGGUAUCCUUAAAAGAUAAAGAAGAAGAAGAGGUAAAACGGACUAAAACAUAGGGAUCAUGACAUCGGCGAUCGAAGUUCUGGCCAAGCAGGCAAUGAAAACGUUCGGCGAUCGCAGGAACGUCGGUUACAAGCUCUGCCAGAAGAACUUCGACAAACUGUGGAACUUGAUAAACAAAAUAACCGCCGAGGACGUGAAGCUCGACAAAAACGUUCUCGAUUAUGUGAGCCGGCAGCCAACACCUAUGUGCGUGAUGGACAUCCUGGAGAACAAGGAUAUAACAAUCGCGAUUUUUAUCUUGAAACAUGGUGUCACGAUGCCCAUGCAUGAUCACCCGGGAAUGCAUGGUUUGCUGAAGGUAAUCAGUGGUAUGGUAGAAUUGAAUAGUUAUAGUCUAAAGACAAGGAGCGAUCAUAUAGCCAAAGCAAAUGAGGAGAUUGUGGCAUUCAGGCAUCGACCGGUCUUUCUUGACCACGAUUCGCCUGCUUGUAUUCUUACGCCGUCAGAAAAGAAUCUACAUCAGAUUUCGUGCCUCGAGGGUCCAGCAGCUUUCUUAGACAUACUCAGCCCGCCCUACGACGUUGACGAGUUCGGUAGAGGACCAAGGCCGUGCACAUUUUUCAAGAUUGUCAAAUCCAAGUUGUGUACGGAAUCAGGGGAUGUGAUCGAAGAGGUUCAGUUGUCGGUCAUGGAAAACCUACCAGACUUUUCCUCUUCGAGUCUCGAGUACAUCGGACCUCCGUUGAAGGAUUAUUCUGGUUGAAAGAACUUUUUCUUACAAUUUAUCAACCUGAUUUUUAAUAUCUUUUCUGCACAUAUGUAAACAUGAGUUUCACUCGCGUGCGGCGAUGCACUACAAACUUAAGUUUUAUCAACACAUCACUAAAGUAACUGCUUCUGCUAAUCACUAAAGCAAGGAAAAUCGACAAUUCCAUUGUGAACUCUUAGUUUAUAAGUGAAGACUGUACAUUUUGUUACAUACCAAUUUAGCUAUUAUUUAUUUUCAUUAUGAUGUUAAACAUUAUUGCAUAAAAAUGUUUUAUUCUUUGAAAAAAAUAUACCUUUUGUAUAUUAAAAGUAAUAUAUUCCUUAUAUUUAGCGUUUUGAUUUUCCACAUAUUGGUUAAUCAAAAUUAAAACAUAAACAAUAUUGGACAUAAAAAGAUAACUAAUUAGUGUAAAACAGAGAUUACUGAAUUUUUAUUAAAUAUAUAUUGUAUAAUAAGAUAUCUAAUAUACUAAAGUAUAAUAAAAAAUUUAUAUAAUAUAUUAAAUAUUCAAUUUUCUUGAUACAUAGUACAAAGAAAAGUUCUUGCGAAAACGGGUAAAUUGUAUAGUUUAAAUAUCAAAGAUUAAAAUAAUCGCUCAAGAUAAAUGUUAAUAAAUUGUUAGGAUCAUUGUGAUUUUAUGCAAACAAUAUGUAUAUGUUGUAUUACUUUCAGUAAAAUCGUUAUAUAUAUAAAAUUUAAAUAAAUUAUCAAUUGGAGAAAUUAUCUGUUAUCUUUUUAGAUUUCUCCUUGUUUCUCAUAAUUUAUGUACUUAAAAUAUAUGUAAUACUAUUAAAUUAUAAGUAUUUUCUAAGGCCAGAUUGUACUUAAUUAGGUUGAUCAUCUUUGCAUUGUAACAAAUUAUUUAAUAAAUAUAUUUGUGUGAAUGACA